ACAACAACCCAAACAACAACAACAACAACAACAACCCAAACAACAACAACAGACUCUACUUCUCUGAUUAUAUCAUCAAACCCAUCCAACGAAUCAUGAGAUAUCCGAUGCUUCUCAACAACCUACUCAACCAGAUCAACCAACCCAACACUACACCAUCCAUCCUCAGAUCUCGGGCCAUCGAAAGAGUACAACAGGCACUCUGGGCUAUGAAACAGGUCGCAGAGGGAGUAGAUGAAGCUAAAUCACUCAGAGAGGUCGAACUCAAGACAGAACUCAUCGCAAGUCGAAUGGAACUACAUUCAUCCUAUCGAGCCGCUUUCGUCUGUCUCUUGGGUCAAAUCAAACUAGUCGGCUCACUCCAUAUCCUCUAUCACGGCCCCAGCUUGGAUCCAAGUGAAGCCUUCAAGAUCAAAUACCAUGGCAUCUUCCUCUAUCAAACUCAUCUCGUCAUCGUCAAAGUCAAACGGGCCUCAGUCUACGAACCACGUCACUGGUUCCCAAUCAGAUACUUUGACCUCAUCGAUAUCUCUGACAGUUCUGGUUUGAUGCCUCAUUCAUUCAGUCUCAAGUAUCGUCAACAUACCUUCGAAUUCGGUGCGACCUGUGAGCCAGAGAAGAGAUGUUGGAUGAACAAGUUAAAAGAACUCAAACAGGAGAUCGAACCAACUCAGAUCGAUUCAGAUCAUGUCAGCCAUGCCAAUCAGUGAUGAUUCGAUCGUCUCAAGUAUCAACCUGAUCGAAAAUAAUAAUAAUAAUAACCCAUCGCCCAUCGAGGAAGGUCCACCGAGAUCCCCAGUUGAGGAAGACCAACCAUCUGAUCAAACCGCCAUAGUACCCACCACACCAGUCGCCGCAGCACCACCGGCCACUCAAUCUAGAGUCUCCCAAAGACUAUCCAGGAACGUGAAUACCCUAUUAGGCAGGACGGCAGAAGUCGCUCAGGCUGCCAUCGACCUCAAGCUCACCGAGAUCUUCUCAGACGUCCUGUUAUGUGCCAGGCUCCAGGAUUCUGGUAACGAGUCCGGCUCUCGGGCACGAACACUAUCGGCCACCGGCACCACGACCGCUAAAAGAACCGCUCAGACCGUUGCGAUCGCUCGAAACGGUAAUACUCAUAAUACUACCAAUAAUCUUGCGGAUCGAAAGAUGAAGAGAAUGAGCUGCAUGGAGCCCAACAUCCGUCCCCAAGAGAUCGUCCCCCCACCCCCACUACCACAACUCUUCAAUGGUUCACCUGACGACAACACCUGGAGUGGGAGUACUAAUAGUAAUAGUAGCUUACGUCGGGCCCGUAGUGGACCAGCCCUCGUCAGUCGAUCCUCGAGUACCUUACCCCACUCCGAUCCAGACGAUCCCACCGUCCGACUUCAGCAGCCACCACCACAACAGCAACAACAACAACAACAACAACAACCCACACCACAGCCACCAACACAAACUCCAACAUCUUCCCAGUCACAUCAACGCACUCGUUCACGAAACCAGACCCACAGCGUUCUAUCUAAGAUCGAAGCUAGUCAAGAAAACUCACCAGUCUCAGCCUCAGCAGAACAGUUCAUCCCUGGCUGUCGAAGAUGUCCUUCCCCUGAUCAUGAGGAGCCGCCCGCAGUGACUACUAAGCCAAGCGUGGUGGUCGAGCCUUCGUCGACGACAGUAGCCUCGAAACCGAUCUGCUCUCAUUCCUCAAACCCGUUAUGGUUACCUGGCCUGAAGAUGGUCCGACGAUUAUCCAGAGUCGGAACUCGAAACAAGAAAGAUCUCGAGCAGCACCAACAACUUGGGGCCGAUCCUUCUCCGAAAUCCUCUCUCCUGAUACCUUCUUCUUGCAAUCAUCCCUCUUAUCAGCAAGAACAACAUGAACAACAACAACAACACCAACAGUCGAAUAAGAAGAGUGGCAAUGGAAGGAUGAAUCGGCAAGUCAGCGCCCCCAAUCCGGGCUCCCUCGUCGACCUUUCCGCCACAGACUCGUACCAAAACACGUUCAAGAGAGUCUUCAUGAAGCGCCAUCGAAGUUCUGCUACUCCUUCCAAUCCACCCGCGCCUUCGUCUCCUCCGCCUCAUUCUACCAAUGUACAACAACAACAACAUUCUUCUUCUUCUUUGAAGACGACUGAGGAGCAGGGUUGGAAGAUCCCUUCGGUCUCGCCAGCCGCGGCCGAGAAAGAAAACUUCGCGGCCGACUGUCUUCCUCUUGUCGCCCCUCCUCCUCAUCUUCAUCCUACCAAUACUGCGCCUUCCACUUCCUCGCCAUUAGUCACCCAUCCAGUGACGACCACCAGUCCAUCUACCCCCGCUCAUCUCACGCCUUCGUCGAGCACCACCAAGUCUUCCUCGUCAUUGUCUGCCUGUUCAAACAGGACAUCCGCCACAGCUACAACGACAAUGACCACCAUCACCGCCCGUGCACGGACUACCACCGGCCGCUCCACCGCUUCGUCCGUCGACUCCUCCGCCUCGCUCGCUUCGUCUUCUAACCUAAGCAACAAAUCUUCGGCCGCUGGAUUCCAUGCCGGGUUCGGGUCCAUGUUUCGCUCGAUCAUGCGGCUCACUCCGCUCACUGAUCCUUCAUCUUCCUCGGGCCCGCGCUCUGGAUCCCCUGGCUCAGGCCCUUCUUCGACUCCUUCUCCUUCCGGCUCUCCUUCUGGCGCUCAUCUCACUACUACUACUACUACUACGACUACAGCUACCACUCAUUGA